CCUCCCCCUCCCUCGCUGUUAAGAUGGCGCUGUCCAGAGUGUGCUGGGCUCGGGCAGGUCUAUGGGGCUCAGCCGGCAGCCCUGCACCUUUUGUCACUCGGAGGCUGCAACCUGGUCGCUGUGGCCUGGCCUGGGGGGCCCCUCGGUCUUCAAAGCUUCAUCUCUCUCCAAAGGCAGACGUGAAGAGUUUGCUCUCUUAUGUGGUGACCAAGACAAAGGCGGUUAAUGAGAAAUACCAUCGUUUCUUGGGUCGUAAUUUCCCCCGCUUCUAUGUCAUAUACACAACUUUCAUGAAAGGAUUGCGGAUGGUAUGGGCUGAUGCUAAAAAGGCUAGAAGAAUAAAGGCAAAUAUGUGGAAGCACAAUCUAAACUUCCAUCAGCUUUCUUACCGGGAGAUGGAACAUUUGAGACAGUUCCGCCGAGACGUCACCAAGUGUAUUUUCCUAGGUAUCAUUUCCAUUCCACCUUUUGCCAACUACCUGGUCUUCUUGCUCAUGUACCUGUUUCCUAGGCAACUACUGAUCCGGCACUUCUGGACCCCAAAGCAACAAACUGACUUCUUAGAUAUCUAUCAAGCUUUCCGGAAGCAAGCCCAUCCAGAAAUUCUUACUUGUUUAGAGAGAACCAUCCCUAUCAUACCUGGUGCAGGACCCCAGUGGCAGCUGAAAGUACUUUGUAGCAAGAUCCGGCAUGGUGCUCAGCCUGCAGUAGGUGAUAUCCUGGCUCUGAGAAAGUGUUUUUCUAACCGUCCUCUGGGCAUGAACCAUCUCCAGGCUUUGCAUUUGAAAGCUUUGAGCCGAGCCAUGCUUCUCACACCUCACCUGCCUCCUUUCUUGCUGAGAAGCCGUUUGAAGAAUCAUACCACUGUGAUUCAUCAACUGGACAAAGCUUUGGCAAAGCUGGGGAUUGGUGAACUGACUGCUCAGGAAGUGAAAUCCGCUUGUUAUCUCCGUGGCCUGAAUUCUACCCAUCUUGCUGAAGACAAAUGUAGAACAUGGCUGGGAGAAUGGCUGCACAUUUCCUGCAGCCUAAAAGAAGCAGAGCUGUCCCUCUUGCUGCACAAUGUGGUCCUGUUUUCCACCAACUACACUGGGACAAGGAGCUGA